AUGGUCAGUGGGCAUGGUGGGGAUGGGCUGGUGGUUGGACUAGGUGAUCUUAGAGGUCUUUUCCAACUGAAAUGAUUCUGUGAUUCUUUAACAUCUGCUGGGAACCAAGUGAACAGUUAGUGAUCCCAGCUCUUUGAGAAUGUUGGGUGUAAUUUGUUAUCCAAAGUUGCACUUGGGAGUGGAAUUUGGUCUUCACAUUCUGUGCAUUCAUUGGCUUCUCCAAGAAGAGGAAUUGUGAGAGAAUUGUAGAAUUGUUUGAGUUGGAAGGGAUGCUUAAAGGCCGUGUGGUCCAACUCCUCUGUGAUGAACACCUACAGCUCGAUGAGGGUGCUUGGAGCUCCUCCAGCCCGACCUUGGAUGUCUCCAGGGACAGGGCAGCUACCACCUCUCUGGGCAGCCUGUUCAGAAGGCUGUUUAUACAUGCAUUAGCUGUUGUGGAGCCAUUUAGCAGCACCAGAAAGAUUACUCCCUGCAUGUGCACUCUGUCCUGGAGUAAAAGCAUGCUUUGUGAAGGGAUUCAUCUUUAGGCUAAAGGUCUGCCUGCCUCAGUGCUCUUCUGGAACAGCUCUAGUGGAAUAAUGCCGUUUUGAAAAGCUGUGCCAGCCAGUUCCUCUGUGCAGACAGAGCCUUGGGCACACAGGAUCUAGGCACGGACAUCAACCGCUCGAUUUUUCAAGCGCUAGCCACGCGUGCACCCAGUGGCGUGCUGCGGGCCGGGUUGUACGGAAGGGCGCAGCGCCAUUCCGGUCAUUCCUUGGGCGGGAAGGGCGGGGCGCUGCCUCAGGAGGAGGCGCUCAGGGCGGCGCUGGGGCUGAGGCCUUUUGUCUGGUUCAUUGCUGGUAGCAACGUCUGGAACGCUCUGAGCCUUCAUUGCACUAACACCAGCAACAGGAGGAGGAUUCGGUUCAUCCCUAAAGCUUCAAUGAGAGUGUGAACCGAUCGAUACUUUAUUGCCUGCUCUUUCACAAUGAAGGCCAUGGAGGAUCAAGUGGUCCAAGAAGAAUCUGGAUACCAGGAUGACGAGGAAUCCUUUUUUCAAGACAUUGACCUGCUACAAAAGCAUGGAAUUAACGUGGCCGAUAUUAAAAAACUGAAGUCAGUUGGGAUCUGCACUAUCAAAGGAAUCCAGAUGACAACAAGACGAGCACUGUGCAAUGUAAAAGGGCUUUCAGAGGUCAAAGUGGACAAGAUUAAAGAAGCUGCAAAUAAGCUUAUUGAGCCAGGCUUCCUAACUGCGUUUGAGUACAGUGAAAAACGGAAGAUGGUAUUUCACAUUACUACAGGCAGCCAGGAAUUUGACAAACUUCUGGGUGGUGGGAUUGAAAGCAUGGCAAUCACUGAGGCCUUUGGAGAGUUCCGGACGGGCAAAACACAGCUAUCUCAUACCCUUUGUGUGACAGCUCAGCUGCCAGGGCCCAGCGGCUACACUGGUGGAAAGAUUAUCUUCAUUGAUACUGAAAACACUUUCCGACCAGAUCGUCUUCGAGACAUUGCUGAUCGCUUCAACGUUGACCAUGACGCAGUCCUUGACAACGUGCUGUAUGCGCGUGCAUACACUAGUGAACAUCAGAUGGAAUUGCUUGACUAUGUAGCGGCAAAGUUCCAUGAGGAAGCUGGUAUCUUCAAGCUAUUGAUCAUUGACUCCAUAAUGGCACUCUUCCGUGUGGAUUUCAGCGGUCGUGGAGAGCUGGCUGAACGACAACAGAAACUCGCUCAGAUGCUGUCAAGGCUCCAAAAAAUAUCAGAAGAAUAUAACGUGGCUGUGUUUGUGACCAAUCAGAUGACCGCUGAUCCAGGAGCAACUAUGACCUUUCAGGCAGACCCAAAGAAGCCCGUUGGGGGCCACAUCCUUGCUCAUGCUUCAACUACCCGAAUUAGUUUGAGGAAAGGGAGAGGGGAGCUGCGUAUUGCGAAGAUAUACGACAGUCCUGAGAUGCCUGAAAAUGAAGCCACGUUUGCAAUAACUCCUGGAGGGAUCGGAGAUGCCAAAGAAUAGGCAGAAAACUCGUGCAAACGUUCAGCUGAUAAGGCAGUUAGUUGGGAUGAAGAUUUGUGCAAGGUCGCUGACUCCCCAGCUGCAUUUUUAUCUUCUUGGAAACAUUUGAGAGAUUUUGGGAUAAACUGUGUGGUUCAGUGUUAUCCGUCUUAACAGAAGUUGGUUCAUUUGGGGUCUUCUCUUUUCAGUUGACAAAUAAAUAGCUGAUAAAUAGAUGGGAACAGCAGUGGCAGGAGCAAGAGCGCAAGAACUUUGUGGAGUUUCAUGCGCAGAAGAAGAAAAAUAAUUACCUGGAAUACUUUCGCGUUGGCCAGAUUAUUUAUUUACGCGCUUUUACUUUUUGGAGAGAAUGACUUAAAAGCUGUUUUUUACCAAAGGUAAAAAUAAAGAUGUAAAAUCAGAACAGCA